AUGAAGCUCACUAGUAUUGCUUUGGCCAGUGCUGCUGUUGGCCUUGCCCAAGCUGGCCCAGUCACUAAGCGUGCAAUCAGCGAUGCCGACAUCCUCAACUACGCGUUGACUCUCGAGCACCUCGAGGCUGCUUUCUACGAGGAAGGUCUUAAGAACUACACCCAGGCCGACUUUGUCAACGCUGGGCUCAAGGACCCCUUCUAUGCCAACUUGCAGGAGGUUGGCAAGGACGAGCAGUCCCACGAGGCAUUCCUCACCUCGGCCCUGAAGGCUGCCGGUGCAUCCCCCGUUGCACGAUGUAGUUACUCUUUCCCUGCUACAGAUGCGAAGUCUUUUGCUAGCCUCGCUAGUGUGUUGGAGGGUGUCGGUGUCAGCGCCUACCUAGGUGCCGCUGCCAGCAUCAUGAACGAGACAUACCUCACUGCGGCCGGUAGCAUCCUCACCGUCGAAGCCCGCCACAGUGCCUACCUGCGUGCUGCCCUUGGCGAGGCACCCUCCGCCCAGCCCUUCGACAACCCCCUCGAUUUCAACGAAGUGUAUACCCUUGCGGCCCCCUUCAUCACCUCUUGCCCAUCAAGCAAUGGCAAGCUUCCCGUCAAGGCGUUCCCUACCCUCACCAUGACCUCAACGAGUACCGCUAUGACUGGAUCCCAGGUUCAGCUCAUGGCCGGUGAAGGCAUGAACUCCUCCGACGCAAGUGGCCUCUUUGCUGCCUUUAUCACCGUCACCGGUCCCGUCUGGGCCCCUCUCACAUCCAAUGGAAGCGGCAAAUACACCGUCACUAUCCCCAAGGGUAUUGCUGGCCAGAGCUAUGUUGUUCUUACCAAGGGCAACAAGCAGGCCACGGACGACAACAUCGUUGCCGGUCCCGCUAUUAUCGAGGUUGGACAAAAGAUGGGAGCUAUGGGUAGUAUGACAACACCUACUUCGUCCAUGACUGGUCCUAUGAGUAGCACUUCACCGUCGAAGUCGGCCUCUUCUACUCCCAUGUUCAACGGGGCCAAUGACAAAAAGGUCGGGUUGGCUGGUGUGACGGGCGCGGGUCUUUUCGCUGCGGUCGCCAUGUUGGUUUAA